UUGAAACAGCAAGCGAGCUACACACGGCCGAAAUAAUGGCAGUACUCUCUUUAUGCUACAAUAGUCGAUGGCUAGGUAACAAAUGCAGUAGUUAGCUGGCGUGUUAACGUUUUUUUGUGCAUUAAUGAUCGCAUAUUUACUGUUAUGGAUUGUGCAUAACUCGCUAGCUACCCAAACGUAAGGCUUGUUUAAUAUCUAACGUUAACUAAUGUUAGUUUAUACAAAGUUAAUUUAUCUGGCUGGCUAGCUAGCUAACAUUCUGAUGCAGCUUGCUCACAUUAUAUGUUAACGAUCCCCUGCUAAGAUGGUUAGCUUAUUAAAAUAUCAACGGUACCGCUACUUGGUUAGAUAGCUACCUGUAACUACCAGGUAAAUUUAAGAGCACGUAGUUUCCGCUAGCUAUGAAUGGGUGUUUGACUGGCUGGAAGUUAAGCUAGCAAGUUACGAGAGGAUGUUGUGGUAAUGCCUAGCCAAGCUGAGCAACACUAGGUCAGUAUAUAUCGGUAGGGUAAGUUAUAUUGUACUUGCCUGGUUGGCAAAAGGAGGACGGAUAGUAAUUACGUUACUUUACAGUGUUAACUAGUCUAACUGUUCGAAGAACACUAGCUAGCUAUCGAUAAAUUACGUACGUUACAGAUAGUUAGCUAACAGUUCCACAACUGGUCAAUUAGCGUUAGUUGUAUUUAAAUGGAAAUCGGAUCUGCCUUGCUGGUUAAUUUGGCGAGUUAGAUAUAUAAUGUCAACUAACUAGGUUUUGGUUUAGAUAGUCAGUAGUAAAAAGACUUGGCAUUUUACCAUUUCUUUUCCCAGGAAUGUCAUUUUGCGCAAAUUCCAAUGCAUUGACAACACCUAUAACCAUUAACGCUAUUGGCUGACAAAAGUUGCACCUGGGUCAGGGUACAACUAAGGUAUAUCAGGUGUGAACCACUUCUUAGUGAUGUGUAUACCUUAGUCAUUAAGGUAUGUGUCGUUACUUGUGUAAGCGACAAAACAUAUAAGGCCCUUUGUUCUGUUAUUUCGUUACUGCUAACGGUAGAUGCUAAUUUCUCAAAUACUUGAACAUGUUGGUUAAUUAAACCAUUGCUACGGUCAGUCAAGUUGAUGUUGGGUUAUGCCUGCCUGGUCACUAGAAUGGAGUGCCCACCGACGAAGCGACUGAAAGGGCUAAAUUAUGGUGCUCCAUCCACUACUGAUUCAUUUGGUGAUGACGGGGACUUCACUCAAGAUGACCUGGAUGAGAUUGAUAUUAUUGCCUCUCAGGCAUUCACAGGGGAUGUGGGAGUGAAAGGUCCUAAAGAGACUUUUGGUGCAGUUUAUCCUCUUCCGGGUGCCCAGAGAAAACCUGUUCCAGAGGGUAGGAAAGCCUCUGCUUUGAGUGGAAGUAGCAACCCUGGCCAGAGUAACAUGGGCAGCAUUUAUCAACUUCCAACCGUUGAGGUUUUUGGGAAUGUACAGCAGCAAUUCAAGAAAAACAAGGAUGACCUGUCCUAUGGUAAUCUGGAAGCACAACAAGCUGAGCUAAAGAAAAAGUUGAAGGAAGUGGAGGAUAAGCUCCUGAUGAAAGAUGGGGAGAUCCGUGUCCUGCGUGACUCCAUUAGGCACGCCCAGCAGGAGAAGGAGCAAGAGAGACAGAGCCAGCUCCUCCAGGAGAAGGAGAGAGCUCACAUCCAGAGUGAGAAGGAGAAAGAGCUCUUGAAGAAGGUGAAAUCCUUGCAGUCAGAAUUGCACUUUAAAGAAGCAGAGAUGAAUGAAAUAAAGACCAAACUUCAGAACUCUGAACGGGGAAGUAAGCGUGUUGUAUCUUCUACUGCAAGAAAUAGCCCCAGGAGGUGUUCCCCGGCAGCACUGCAGCAGGAUGGGAGUGGGGGCAGUGGAGUCUCCCCUGGGGUCAGCCCAUUCCUCACCAAGGAGAGCUUUGCUGCUCAGCUGUCCAGCAGGGCUUCUCCAGCCACUGCUGACCGGGUCAGCCAUUUUGGGGCGGGUGGAAGACCUGUCAGUGAGGCCAACAACAGCGUCAGCAACGAUUCAAAAUUCCGGAAGCAGGGUUUCACCGGUCCUGACGCGUGCAGCUGUCAAGAGUGGAUUCUGCUGAACCUGCUGCUGCAGCACCCGCUGGACCCCAGCACCUUAGGCCUGAGCCACCUGCUGUGCCUCAGCCCAGAAACCCUGCCCGGCCUCCUAAUGCAGCACAGCUACCUCAGCCCGGGGUCUUCAGCGGGGUCCAGCGGCUCCUCAGAGCCCAAGGCUGUGCAGCAGCUGCAGAGCGGCUUCAGCCAGGCCCAGAGCCUCGCCAUGUCCGGGCUCAGCAUGCUGGCGCUCAGGCACCACACGCCCAGCGCCGGGGGCGAAGACGGGCAGGCCGCGAGCCAGAGGUGCCCAGGGGCGGUGCACCUCCUGCCCCUGCUGGAGCACCACGUGGGCCUGUUCUGCCAGGCGCUGGAGGCGGCGGACAGCCCCGGGAGGAGCCCGCUGAGGGGGAGCUCCGUGUCCGGCUCCUCCUCCGAGGGCAGCGUGGCCUCCAGCCUGGAGGAGUCUCUGGUAGGCCUGGAGGAGUUUGCCUUGGCAGCGCUGAGAGCGCUCUACCACCUGCUGUCCCACAGCACCCAGGCCGUGCACGCGCUGCUGUCCCAUCAUGCCCCGGGGCUGCCCGAGACUGAUCGCGCCGCCGCCCGCCCGGCCUGCUCCCAGGCGCCCGCGGACCCGCAGGGGGCGCCGUCCCAGCACCCCCUGCUCAGGAGGCUGCUCCAGCUGGCCGACCCGGCCUUCACCAGCCCCGCCUGCCAGAGGGAGAAGGUGCUGUCGGCCAGCCUGAUGGCGCUCAACGUGCUGGCGGAGAGAGCCGGAGACCAGCUGCGCUGCAGGAUGAAGCUGGUGGUGACAAGCCCGUUCGCUGCUCGGUGCCUGUCUCUGGACUCCUCCUACAGAACUGUGUCCCUCUCCGUCAGUCUCCUGGCUGUCGCCGCCAGUGAUGAGGAGGUGGCCUCUCUGCUGUGCUCACAUUUGGAACCGUGCCCUCUCCUCAAAAUGUUCCAGUACGUUACGACCCGCCCGGACAAGUCAGUCACAGAGAGCCAGUGGUCUCAUCUGGAGCUGGAGGUUACACGGUUCCUGACGAUGCUUUUUACUCAGAGAACGUCCACAUGGUUGGCUUUCAUUGAGUCCUCCUGUCAGUGCAACAAUGAGGUGGUAAGGACCCUGGUGGUGCUCCUGCACAGGCAGUGGUUGAAGGCGAGGAGGUGGGAGUACCAGGAGGGGCGGAGCCAAGCCUGGGCCGGCCCAGGGCUGCAGCUGCUGAGGGAGGCUAUGACACUGCUGCACUGGCUCCUGUUGAACGACGCCAGCUUCUCCGAGCACUGCCUGGACGUGCUGCACAUGUACGACCAGGUCUUCCCCGCCAUACGGGACACCUUCCGCAAGAUCCCCUGCCUGACCGAGAGCGAAGAAUUGGCACUAGAAGAAAUCAGUCGUCCUGAAGUAGAAGAUGCAGAAGAUAUGGAUAUUGACACUGGCUCUUGAUUGGCUGGUAUGCUGCUUUCCCAUUUUCAUAGAAUUUAUAGAUCACUUUUAAGAAAUGUCUGCGAAAAUAAAGAAAUGUGCUGUUGUUAAAGUAACGAAACUAAUUGCCUUAGUGUAGGAUGUACCUUAAUCCUAUCAGUCAUGAUUUGUAUGACUGCUGCUUACCGAUGCUUCCCUGCAUUUCAGAAACAUUUAUAAAUGGUCACUUCACAGAACUUCCAAAGGUCUCAUGUAGUUGCCUUUAUGUCCCCAUUUCUGCAUCUGGUUGGCAUAUUUAGCAGCGUACCUCAUAAGCAACACAGUUAGGAUUUGACAGGUUUAGUGAGUUCCAUAUUCUAGAGCACCAAGCCAGGAAGUCAGAAAAAAUUGAUUUGCAUUGCUGAAGGCUUCAGCCUGACUUGAUCAUAUUUUGUUCCACCUUUUCUACCAAUAGCUACCUACCAAAAUGUUCAUGGAUUAUCAUUUAGCCACUGUGGGCCUUGUUUUCAGAAGAAAUAACUGAAAAAAUCUGAAAAAAUUAGUUGAAUAACAGGAUUGACUCAUUAAAUAGUGCCACACCCACA